UUUCUCCACCUUACUUGAAAGUUGAAAAUUUUAUAACAUACCAAGGUAUUUCUCUCAAAACCCAUCUUCACCACUACUUCAUGUUGAAUUCCCAAGCUCUUCUAGAUGCAUGAUUUUUGCACAUAUUCCUCAUCUUGCAUGGCUAGUGAUGGAACAUCCCCUGUUGUUUCUCCUCUAACCCUCUUCUUCUUCCUUUUAAUUAUGAUGUUUCACCUUCACUCUGCUACUUUGCUCCCAAGAGAGCAUUUCCCACAUAUAACUUCAAGAAAACUUGGGAGUGCCAGUACUAUGGUUGCCGGUACUGAUAUAAAGACUAAUGCACUCAGCGUUCCUCCACCAGGGCGAAGAAGAUCUUCUCUGCCAUGGCAAGAAAGAGUCUACAAUACCAGUUCUCAUGAAGUUCCAAGCGGUCCAAAUCCAAUUUCAAACAGGUAAACAAGAUCAAAACCCAUAUAUAUAUAAAAUUAAUUUCAUGGUCCUAAAUAGUGUGUUUGCUUAGUUUGUACCACUGCUGCUCAUAUAGUCAUAUAUAUUCAUCUAUAGCUGUCUUCCUAGGCACUUCUUUCUACAGGAAUUGGAUAUUUUGUGAAAUCAGUACAGUACAUUCUUAUUAUUGUAUUCCAAACACCAUUUUAUCAACCAAUGAUUGAACUAGUGGGAAUGUAUAUGAGAUUUCUGUGAUGAUCCAUCUUUGUCUUGAAUGGUCAUGACUCAUGAUUAUAUAUGCUAAUUAAUUACUUCCAUUAUU